AGUCUGCGUCACUUCCGGCCCCGCCUCCCGUGGGAAGGUGGCCUUUGAAAUUCCCAGGCUCCUGUUCAGAAGGCGAAGGAUUCUCCUGGAGGGAAGUCAGAAAAGCUGUUUACGUGUUCCUAAGCCCAUCUAAGUUGUCACUGGCCCACAAGUUUCCUUGCUUCCAGAGUACAAGAGUUGGGCCUUGAGAGAGAAGAAAUGGAAUCACGAGAUACUUCAUUUGCAAGACAAGAGAAAAGGACAAGAGAAGAGCAAAACACAGCAGGAUCUGAGGCAGUGAAGGAAGAGACAAGGGUCCCUCACGACCUCCCCAUGGAAAGCAUCCGGGACUUUUGGGAAAGAGCCGUGCCAGAGGACUUGACUCGGGAACCACGUAAGGGACUGCAACAGCGAUGGGAGUCUCAGCUUCAGGAGUUCCUCAAAGCCCUUGAGUCUCCUCAUGCGGAAGUGGGCAACCCACAGCUCCUGGGGCCCCGACCAAGAAACCAUGCUCGGCCCACCAUGACCCACUUCAAAGUGACCGCCAACUCCAACCCGCAGCUUAAAGUGGAGAGGGCUUCCCAGCAUAUGCCCAGCUCAAGUAGAGGGAGCCUCCAAGCUGUGGCCAAAAGCAAGGCAGAAGAUUCAAAAGGCAAGUGCUUGGUUCUAGGACAGGAGGCCAGCAACUUGCAUGAAGAAUGCCGGCUCUUCAGGCGAUUUGGCUACCAGGAAACUGACGGGCCUCGUGAGGCCUGCCGGCAUCUCCGGAGGCUCUGCCACCAGUGGCUGAAACCUGAGAGGCACACCAAGGAGCAGAUCUUGGAGCUGGUGAUCCUGGAGCAGUUUCUGGCUGUCCUGCCCUCGGAGAUGCAGAGCUGGGUCCGGGAAUGUAGCCCCCAGACCUGCACCCAAGCGGUGAUCCUGGCUGAAGAUUUCCUACUGAGGCAGCAAGAGAACCAGGUGCAGAAAGAUGAGACAAUUAGUCCAUUUGAGGAGGAGGAGGAGGAUAACUUGGCGGAGGGAGCUGCUUUGGACACUUGGAAGAGGCCACAUUUUAAGCAAGAGGAUGAGAGGGACGUUGACCAGUUGGCUGACAAGAAACUGUAUAGGACAGAGAAGAACAACCCAGGAAAUUCCGCUGAGCCAGAUUCCCGUUGGAUGUUGUCAGGGAGGGUGGAGGAGAACAUCCUCCCCUAUGCCAAUCGAGAGGAGAUUUCUGAGAUCCUGUACGGAAGCUGCCUUGAGAGAGAAGGCGGGAAAUUCAUUAACUCCCAGGGCGCAUACGAGGACCUGGACGAAAGCAUCCUGCACCAGGCGAUGCUCCCUAGCGGCGAGAGGGACAAUGCUUGCCACAUGUGCGGAAAAGUCUUCCGUCGCCGGUCCAACCUUAUUGCGCACGAGAGAACCCACUCUGGCGAGAGGUGGUACAACUGCUCAGACUGCGGGAAAUGCUUUGUCAGCCGCGCUGCCUUCCUCAUCCACCAAAGGGUGCACACCGGCGAGAAGCCCUACAAGUGCUCUUACUGCGGGAAGGGCUUCAACACCGGGUCCAGCCUCACCCGGCACAAGAGGAUCCACACGGGAGAGAAGCCGUACGAGUGCCCAGCCUGCGGGAAGCGCUUCAACGAUUACUCCAACUUCAUUGUCCACAAGAGGAUCCACACGGGCGAGAAGCCGUACGAGUGCUCCGUCUGCGGAAAGCGGUUCAGCGACAACUCAAACUUCAUCAAGCACCAUCACUGAGGGGCCACAAGGCCUCGUGUUCUUUGUUUUGAAGGAAAACAAGAAUGUGGGGUUGAAAUGCCUGUUACCUAACCUCCUAGGGCAUUAUAUAGAAGUAUCACCUGCUGAGGUGGGGACUCUGUGUGAGGAGACAUAGCAAAACUAACUUCCCCACAGUUUCUUUUGCCUUGGCAAGCAAGUGUGUUUUUUCCCAGGGACCUGAUCCAAAGAGGCAGAGGGAGGUAGUGGGUAGAGUUCUCCCAAUCCAACUUCUGUUAAAGUAGCCUGCUUAUCAUAACUUUUUCCCCUCUGCAUAUAAACACAGAGACACUGAAACCCGG